AUGUUCCGUCUAGCUUUGAUAGCAGCUGUGUUCUGCGCAUAUGCCUACUCUGAGCCGAUUCCACCGCAGUUCAAAGCCAACCCAAUACUUUGCACAUUCUGCAAAGAAACCGUGGAUAUAAUUGCUCCAGAACUGGACAAGUCAUACCCGGAAAUUGAAAAGGCGUUCCUUAUCGCUUGCAAGCACUUCUUCAGCUUCUUACCGGAUGGAGACAAACAAUGUGAAGAAAUUGCCAACAAAGUCAUCAAGCCAAUCAAGGAAGCCCUUGAACAAGGUGUUACAUCAGAAGAUGUUUGUAAAAAGAUUUUAGCAUGCUAA